CCACUACCGCCACCACCGCCGUCCGAUCUCUUGCUCUUCCACUCCAGUCUAGCCGCUCCCUCCUUGACGCCGUCGCAACCAAUGUCUUGGGACUUGCUGAAGCGGUUCCUCGAGAGCGAUGUCUUCAACCAGAACCCCUUCCUCUCGGUGUCGUAUCUCUCUCGCUACGCCGACCACAUAGGCAUCCACUAUGUCCUCUGCAACAAGCUUCGGCAGUUCCCUUACGAGGACAUCGAGUUCUUCCUCCCACAGCUAUGCCACCUCAUCAUAAGCGUCGACAACGAGUCGAUGGCUCUGGAGGAGUUCCUGCUGGACCUGUGCGACGAGUCGGUUACCGCUGCGCUGCUGACCUUCUGGCUGUUCCAGACGUACCUACACGAUCUCGCGGCGAAUCCCCAGACCGAGGCUUUCAAGACUUGUCGCCGGGUGUACAACAAGGUGCAACACAUUGUCUUCGGUCUUUCCGAGCACGCGCGCAACGAGAGGAUCACGGAGAACGUCCUGCCGGUGACGGUUCUCGGGAGCUUCGUCCUCGCGAGCGUCGCGUGCCCUUUCCUGCCGCAGUGGGCUGGACCGUUGGCCAUCGCCCAGGCCCGGAAACCGCGCCCCCUUGAGGAGACGAUAUCGGAACCCGUCAUCGUGGCAAACAAGAAUGCGCCGACGCGCGCACAUACCGUCACCGCCGGGAGUACUCGCUCAAGGCGCGCAAAGGAGGGGCGCAGCGUGAGUGCCCAGGAGGUCAAGACGCAGACCAGUCCACGCAGGGCGUCGGGCAAGGCCAAGCCGGCGACAAAGGCGUCUCGGCCGCCUUCGAGAUCGAAACCGACCGAGUCGGCAUCGCAGGAACAGGAGGACGAGGAGCAGCUGUCCAGCCGCCUCGAGGACCUCUCCCUGGAAGCCCGCCUCAGCUCGGCCUCGUUGCCCCUUCCGGAUUCCCGGCCCCGUCUGGUAACGAGACCGACGACGCCAUUGUCGGCCGGCUUACGUCCCUCCGAGCCCACGUCAUCGCCGAAGCGGCACUCGCACCACGUCCGGACGCUCCUGAGCCAGUCCGAAUUGACACGUGAGCAAAAGACGCGGCUGCUCCGGCAAAACUACUUCCGCUGCCAGACCGCCUUUCUAUCCGCGCUCGAGGACAUCUCGAACCGUCUCGUUGUGGUCCCGAAACCGGCGCGGCUUAGCGCCCUCCGUGCCGAACUAGCUCUCAUCGCCCGAGACCUCCCGGCAGAGGUGGAUAUUCCCGUCAUCUGCCCUCCCGACCUGGUGGAUGGCUCCCCAUCCAAGAGCCGCCACCACAGAAUCGUACGGCUCAACCCGGCCGAGGCCACGGUCCUAAACAGUGCCGAAAAGGUCCCAUACCUGCUGAUGGUCGAGAUACUACGCGACGACCUCACGUUCGACCCCGACACCCCGGACAACCAGAGGCUGCUCACGACGCUGCUGUCCGAACAUGGGACGCGGAAACGCAUCUUCGAUCUGUCGGACUCGCCACGCGUAGCGCCCGCUUCUCGAGCACCACCAGAGCCGGUCAUCGAUAGCGUCUUUGAGCCGGCGUCUGGCGACCUCGGGAACUCGCCCUUGCUCAAGCCUUCGGAUGACGAUGAUGAGCUGUUGGGGUCGGCGCCGACUCAGUCCAGCACGUCGCUCCGUCUUGGUGGUACGGGCGGGGCGGCGGCUCUGGACAAGGCAGCUGCUCCGCGCAGCUCGGGCGGCUCAUCCGAGUCGCUCAGCCCGUCCUUCGGCAGGAGGAGGCUGACGCUCAACAAGCCGCGGAACAACUCGGUCGAUCAGCCGGACUUCUCGGCGCUCGCGGUACACAUGCGCACGGCUUCGCAGAUGCUUGCGCAACUGGACGCCACGAGCGGGAAGCGACCUAAGCAAGAGGUGGCGGCGAUCAGGGCGCGCAUCAUCGCGAGCAUGCAGAGCCUGGAAGAGCAAAGUUUUGAUCUGGAUGACGGGCACGGGCCGACAUUCGACACGAUCAUGGCGCGCGCCCAGGCGGAGGAGGCGGCGGCGGCGGCGGCGGCGACGACGGCUGGGGGGAGAGGCGAGACCAACGGAACCGAGGGCGGCGACGACGCGACGACAACCGUCGAGCCGAGUCUCAAUGCCAACGCCGGCAUCGACAGGAUGGAGAACGACAUCAAGACGGGCGGAUUGCAGCGGAAGGGCGACCGCGACGACCCCAGCGCGGCCGUGUUCGGCGAGGCCUGGGAGGCGAAGAAGGAGCGGAUCCGCAAGUCGUCGCCCUACGGGUGGAUGAAGAACUGGGACCUGGUCAGCGUCAUCGUCAAGACGGGGUCCGACCUCCGCCAGGAAGCGUUUGCGUGCCAGCUGAUCCGCGUCUGCCACAAGAUCUGGAAGGACGCGGGCGUGCCCGUCUGGGUCAAGCUCAUGCGCAUCUUGGUCACGGGCGAGUCGUCGGGCCUGAUCGAGACCAUCGCCAACGGCGUGUCGCUGCACUCGAUCAAGCGCAGCCUGACGCUGGCCUCGAUCGAGUCCGGGCAGAACCCGCGCCGCCGCAUCGCCACGCUCAAGGACCACUUCAUCAAGGCGUUUGGCCUCCCAGAGGGCGAGGCCUACCGGGCCGGCGUCGACGCGUUCAAGCGCUCGCUCGCCGCCUACAGCGUCAUCUCGUACGUCCUGCAGCUAAAGGACCGCCACAACGGGAACGUGCUCAUCGACAACGAAGGGCACAUCAUCCACAUCGACUUUGGCUUCAUGCUGUCCAACUCGCCCGGGUCGGUCGGGUUCGAGGCGGCGCCGUUCAAGCUGACGUACGAGUAUGUCGAAGUGCUGGGCGGCGUCGGGUCGCCCGACUUUGAGGACUACAAGAAGCUCUGCAAGCAGGGGUUCCAGGCCCUGCGGCGAUCGGCAGACAACAUCAUCGACCUGGUGGCCAUGAUGGGGCGCGACUCCAAGAUGCCGUGCUUCGGCGCCGGUGUCGCGCAGGUCACGGCGGCGCUGAGGCAGCGGUUCCAACUGCAGCUGAGCGCCGACGAGGCGGAGCAGUUUGUCGAGACUGAUCUUAUUGCCAAGUCACUUGGCAGUUAUUACACACGACUUUAUGAUACCUUCCAGUAUAGGACUCAGGGAAUCUACUAGACGGGACGUGGGGGGCGAAACAAACAAGUCAUGCGCACGGCUUGGACGAUUGAGGGCAGCUGUGUUUGCCUCGACUUUGUUGAAGGCGUGGAAACUAAUCAAAGGCUUAUAUACCACACAUCCAUUCGUUGGCCUAUCUGCUAUAGGAGGCAGGUUGGCUGGAAUGGAGAAGGCAUAUGCGCGGCGUUGCGUGUGUGAAACGGAUGGGCAUCGAAUAGACGGGGGUGGUACAGAGGCAACGUGCUGUAGUUGAUGGAGCCGAGUCUUGUUU